AUGUUACAAAGUCUCUGUUUUGUCUUGAAAGCUGUCAUUUACUUUUUAGCCUCUACUCGUAAGAGACUGGUGCCAGGAGCAGUGCCAUCUUUAAAUUUGCCAGUGAAGAGUACUCCUACUUCUGCAACAUCAACACGACGAGAACUUGUUCGACAUCAACUGGAUAAACCUGUUGUAUAUCAUAAUUUGGAGAGCUUCAAGAAACGAAUUCUGGGUUUGAAGAUGAAGGGAUGGCUGAAAACCGAAAAUGAGGACAGUGUCAUUUUUUAGUUCUGGAAUCCAACAUUUCCUUGCCCAAGCUAACUUGCUCUGUUGCCUCUAGUCUUGAUUUUUCUGUUGCUGUGUAUAACUGGUUUCUACCUGACGAUCAUGUGAUCUACACUGAAUUGAAGUGAUCGGUAAAGCACACCAGCAUCUCAACCAUUAUUUCUAAGCUAGAGAGUUACAAGAUUUGUGAAGGCCUCAACAAGAAUGAACUCACAUAUUCAAAAUGUGAAGAUCCCAGUCCUAGCUGUAGUUCCAGCAGUAUAAUUAGGCAUACCAUUCCCAUAAAGCCUAAGAAUUAUGAAGAUGGUCCUCCCUUUAAAGCCUGUAUCUUUUUGAGAUCACAAGAUUGUGAAUUGCUUUGUGGUAACAUUUCCUGCUCCAGUUGUAUCAAGCACGAAAAGUCUGUCAGCAAACAGAAAGAGAAACACAAUGUACAAGCACCUCAACCCCUAAAGGAUAAAGCACCUCUGUCCAAAUCAAGUAAGGAACGGUUGGUUGCCACAGUGCAAAGACAGAGAGUUGUCUGCAAGGAGCUUGAGGGUCGUAUCUCACAGUUGGAAAAAGAGAUUGCAAGGAACAGCAUCCCUAUAGAUGAGACUUUGGAAAAAGAUAUUCUGGCAAUACUUGCUGAUAGUGGUGAUGAGAUCACCCCACAUAUGAGAGUUUUCUGGGAGCAACAACGGAAAAUGCUUGCAUCACCAAAGUUUGGAAGAAGAUACCACCCACACAUCAUCCGAUUUUGCCUUUCAAUCCAUGCCAAAUCACCAGCAGUAUACAAGGAAUUGUGA